AUGAUUAGCGAAUUGAAUAAGACUACUGUACAUAAUAAAAUUUAUAAGUCACAAAAUACGGGCAAAUUAUUUAUGCAGUAUUUUGCUUUUAUUGAUAGUUCAAAAGAUCUAGCACAGAGCGGACAAGUUCUUCUAAAAAUUCUGUAA